AUGCCAUUACAGUCUUAUGAAUGCUCCUCUCUAACCCACCGGUACGCCCGGCUGGGUGAUCAACAGUCAUCUUCGGUUACCUCAGCACCAUUGCCACCACACACUCAUACACAUUCACAAGGUCCUGGCACCAGUAAAUAUACCUCCUCUGUGGAUUUGCUGACCAGUUUAACCGGUAUCGAUGGCGUUUCCGUCUAUCUAUAUCAUAAUCCCCGAUUACGAGGUUGGCUCCAGUAUCUGCUCCCAAAUCGAAUGAAUGAGGUACUGGGUGUGCAGCAUAUCAAAGCUUAUGUAUUUGAUGAUUCAGUCGUUCUCAGUGGAGCAAACUUAAGCCACGAGUACUUUGUCAAUAGGCAGGAUCGUGCUUGGCUAUUUGGUCAGUUUCCCGCCCUGGCAGACUUUUACACCGGUCUCGUGCGAGUUCUCAGUCAGUUUUGUUAUCGGCUUGCUCCAGACGGAUCUUUACAUAGACACUCCCUCGCGACAGACCCAGUGACUACUCCUCUACGGUCGUUUGAAAAGAGAUUUCGGGCUGCGUUAGAACACUACAUAAAUGAUGUACGAACGCGGUUCCCGGCCGAACACAUUCAACCAAAUCAAUCCACACUCAUUUGCCCCUUGGUCCAAUUUGGACCGUAUGGAAUUCAAAAUGAGGAACAGUUUACACUCAGUCUACUACGCCACAUUAUCUCAGACACGGAACAUCAUUACGACAUGGCCCUUGCCUCUGGCUAUUUCAAUUUGACGGAGUUCUAUGCUAAAUUGUUGAUAGAUUUUGGCACGUAUCAGCUUCGAUCGAAACUGACCCUUUUGUGCGCUUCACCCACGGCAAACGGAUUCCUCAAUUCUCGUGGACUAUCUGGUUACAUUCCAAUGGCCUAUCGGGAAUCAUUAAUUAGGCUGCUGACGCGGUUUGGUCCACAUACCAGGGGGAUCGCCUAUCCAACCAUACUGGAAUAUAACCGUCCUGGUUGGACUUUUCACGCCAAAGGGCUCUGGUAUGAACGAUAUCAGCAUUCUGAAAAUAAUCCGCAACACUCGGACACAUCGUUCACACUAAUUGGCUCGUCCAAUUUCAGUUAUCGAUCACUGAAUCGAGACUUGGAAAGUCAGGUGGCCGUAUGGACAACUGACCCUGUUUUGCGAGCGCAAAUUCAAAACGAGCGUAAUCAUCUGUUUCAGACCACCUACGCUUACCCAGUGCUGUUGUCCAAACUUGUAGCUCAAACCCAGUUCCGAUUACCUUGGUAUAUGCGAGUUUUAUUCCCUAUAUUGCAUACUUACAUGUAA